AUGGGAAUGCCCGCCGGCGGCUCGGGCAGGGUGCCAACUGGGUUCGCUGCAGAGACGUACAUCAGCGACCACACCUUCCGCCAGGGUCAACGCGCCAUCGAGAGCGGCGACGGGUCGAAGAAAAGAAAGCGAGAGGGCAAGGGCGAUUCGAGCGUCGUGACUGGCGCAGGCGCAUACAAGGGACCAUGGGCGAAGUAUGAGGAAGAGAGGCCAGAUGCUGCCUCAGACGACGAGUUCGGGUCGGACGUCGAGGUGGAAAUAGUUUACGAGGAAGACGAGAUUGUCGACAACGCUGCGCCCGCGCAAAAGAAGCUCGCCGGCACAGAUUACCGCGAUACCGAAGCCGAGGGCGAGACGAGCGAGUUUGUUGGCAGCCAGCAGUACGACUACCAGGGCCGGACGUACAUGCAUGUGCCCACGGAUCUCGACAUCAAACUCACCGGCGAUUACGAGCCCAAGAACUUCAUACCGAAGAAGCUCAUCCACACCUACAAAUACCACACCAAGUCGAUCACUCAGGUUCGCUUCAUGCCUGACAGCGGACAUCUCCUACUUUCUGCCUCCGCCGAUUCGAAGAUUGCGCUAUGGGACGUCUAUCACCAACGCGAGCUCCUGCGAACAUACUCUGGGCAUACCAAGUCGGUUGUUGACAUCGACUUCAACCCCAGCGGCACACAGUUCAUAUCGGCUAGUUACGAUCGCUUCAUGAAGCUAUGGGACACAGAGACGGGGAAGUGCUUGAACAAGUUCACAACUGGCAAGACACCGCACGUGGUGCGCAUCAACCCCAGUACACCACACGAGUUCUUGGCCGGUAUGAGCGACAAGAAGAUCCUACAGUACGACACAAGAAGCGGAGAGAUGGUGCAGGAAUACGACCACCAUCUGGGGCCUGUCAACACAAUCACCUUCUGCGACGAGAACCGCCGCUUCAUCACCACAUCAGACGACAAGUCCCUACGCGCGUGGGAAUACGGCAUUCCCGUACCUAUCAAGUUCAUCGCCGAACCCUACAUGUUCUCCAUGGUCCGCUCCUCACCCCACCCGUCAGGCAAAUACGUUGCCUUCCAAUCGUCCGAUAACCAAAUCACCGUAUACAGCUCUACCGACCGCUUCCGACAGAACCGAAAGAAGAGUUACAGAGGGCACAAUGUGGCUGGAUAUGCACCAGACGUGGCGAUCAGUCCAGACGGGCAGUUCAUUAGCUCGGGUGACAGUGGAGGUUUCUUGUGCUUCUGGGACUGGAAGACGUGCAAGAUGUACCAUAAGAUUCCAGCGAGCGAUGCGCCUGUACUGUCAGUACAGUGGCAUCCGAGGGAGUCGAGCAAGGUGGUUGCUGGUGAUCUGAAUGGUGCUCUGAGAUUGUACGAUUAG